AUGAGUGCGACCGCUGUACCACACCGUCCCCUUGCAGGCAAGACCGCUAUCGUUACUGGUGCAUCCAGAGGAAUCGGUGCAGGGAUCGCCCUUGAGGUUGCGCAGAAGGGUGCCAACGUGGUUGUCAACUAUGUGUCCAAUGGUAGUCGUCAGGCAGCGGCCAAUGUUGUCGGCAAGAUAGAGGCAACUGGAUCGAAGACCCUACUUUGCCAAGCUAGUAUUAGUGUCCUUGAUGACAUCCCCAAGCUGGUCAAGGCUGCUGUUGAUUUCAGCGUUACCGGGAAGAUUGAGAUCCUAGUCCACAAUGCUGCUCUAGGCGAAGAUACCCUUUUGAAAGAUGUCUCCCUCGACUUCUACAACAGACACGUUGACUGCAACCUGCGGGGACCAUUCUUCCUCACACAGGAGAUCCUCCCACACCUCCCGCAAGGCGGCCGAAUUGUCCUUGUUUCUUCAGUUGCCGCCCGCCUGGGUGUUCCCAUGCAAAGUAUCUACUCAGCAACGAAAGCCGGCAACGAGGCCCUGGCUAGAGUCUGGGCAAAGGAAUUGGGUCAAGAAUAUGGCGUCACAGUCAACUGCGUCAACCCAGGUCCCGUGGCAACUGGUAAAUACCCCGAGAAUAGCAACGAGGACUUCUUGAAAGAAAUGCAGCCCAUUAUCGAUUCCACUCCCGCUGCAGCCAGAGUGGGCGAAGUUGAGGAUAUCGCCCCUUUGGUUGCUUUCCUUUGUUCAGAAGAGGCUCGAUGGGUGACAGGAUCUGUUCUUUCUGCCAAUGGUGGGCUGUAUAACUAA